CAAACUCUUUGUCUUCUUAUCUUUCUUCCGUCAUCUAUCGGCUUCCUUUUCUCGAGAUUUCCAUCUUCCACUUCAACUGUUGCAACCUGCAGUAGGUUUCGUCAGUACCUAAAAACCAAGUCCAAACCCGCAUUCCAGAUAUCCAUAACCCAUUUCUGUGUUUUUCACAUUUUUAAAGAAAAUCCACAUCUCUUCCCCUCAAUCACUCCUUCUCCAGCUACUACGAGCUAUCUUUAUGAUGGAUUCCCAAGAUUCCCACCAUUCCCAGGCUCAAUUCCACCACGGGCAACCACCGCAACCCGGCCCGAACAUGAUGGCGGCGCCACCGCAUCAGUCGAGCUCCUACGGCAUCCCCAACAAUGCCAUGAUGCAACAAUCCCACCAAUCUCUGCAGCAGCAGCAACAACAACAAAACCCUCGCUUCCCUUUCAAUUCCAUCAUGGGCGGGGCGGGUUCGGGUCAGCCGCCGGCGGGGGUGGAUUAUCCCGACGGAUCUUCGCCGAGGACUUCUGGGUUCGGCAUUGAGCCCACCAAGAAGAAGAGAGGACGCCCCAGGAAGUACUCCCCUGAUGGCGGCAUUGCUCUGGGCCUCACUCCCACACCCGUCUCUCCGAUUUCUUCAAUGGCCGGCCAUGGAGAUUCCGGCGGUGGGUCCGGGACCAACAACUCUGCCCAGAAUCACUCAUCUGAGAAUCAGCCUAAGAAGGCCCGUGGGAGGCCUCCAGGCCCUGGAAAGAGACAAAUGGACGCUUUUGGGUCUACUGGAAUUGGUUUCACACCCCAUGUAAUCACUGUCCAAGCUGGAGAGGAUGUAGCUAAAAAGAUAACGACUUUCUCACAGCAAGGACCAAGAACAGUAUGCAUUCUUUCUGCAAGUGGGUCUAUAUGCAAUGUUACCCUUCGCCAACCUGCCACUUGUGGAGGCACUGUGACAUUAGAGGGCCGGUUUGAAAUCAUAACAUUGUCGGGUUCAUUCUCUCCAUCAGAAGGCAAUGUCAGCCGAACAUGCGGGUUGAGCGUGUCGCUGGCUGGGGCAGAUGGCAAAGUUGUUGGUGGUGGCAUUGCAGGAAUGCUUACAGCAGCUGGGCCAGUACAGGUCAUUGUGGGAAGCUUCAUUGCUGAUGGUAAAAAGCCAAAGUACAAGCGAUCCUCUUUGUCUUCCACGCCGCCAUCAUCAAAUAUAAUGGGCGGCGGUUGUGGUGGUCCCCCCUUAGCGAUGGGGGCAAGUCCUCCUUCUGAGGAUGAUGGUUCAAGUGAGUCUUCUUCUGAUGAGAAUGGCGGCAGCCCUCUUAACCACCACGGGCCGCCAUCCUAUGGUAAUAAUCCCACCCAACCGGUCCAAACCAUGCCCGUGUAUGGAAAUAUGAGCUGGCACAACUCUACCAUGUAGACGCGGGCGCUUGUUGAUUCUCUCUUCAGCGCACGGCUAAUGCUUUUAAUUAUUAUUUUUUCCUUUUCUUUUUUUUGGGUUCUUAGUUUGAUUGGUAAAAUGAUGAGUACUUUAUAAUGAGGCUUGUGAGACCAUGUAUGCUGGUGGUAUUUAACAAGUGUUAGUUGUCUGUAUUAGGGGAUCUUCAAUCAUCAACUGACAUUUAUGCCCUUCAUUACCAAAUUUAACUCCGAAAUCGCUUUAUGUACGCUGCCCUUGUGUAUGACUAGCUGUAUAAUACACAUCCACUGCCAAUACAAACAGGUUUUUUUUGUUACCACAAACAACUGUUGUCUGUCCGAGAACAAACAAAAACCUGUUUGUGUGCAUCAAAGAGAGUGGUGUGUAACUUGGUGUGCACACGAGUGGUGUACAUAUGAAGCACAGCGGGUUUAACAUAAAUUAUGUUGACAGCAAGAGGAAAAUAUGGACACCAUGAGUUUAUGUUGAGAUUCUUCUACCUGUAAUUUGCUGCUCUUUCUCUGCUGUAAUAUGUGAGUAUUCAUUGAUGGAUUCUGGUGGUAUAGUGGAAUGGGUCUUU